CAUGGCUUCCGAUACGACAAAGUGUGAUACCAUUGACAAAUGCUAGCCUUUGUUACCACACCCGCACCGUCAAAAGGUGGCCCUGGUUGUUGUUGCUCACCAAACACCAUACAACCAUGCACAAGAGACCACCAAGGGACCACUAGCCACAACUUGAUGAAUUUUUAUCAUUGGAGGGUAGCCAUCUUGUCCAAUCACAGAGUUGUAAUUGUUACCAACCUCAUGCUAAUCCUACUGAGUUGCGCUAACUCUUUGUCCUUUUCCAAGAGCCAAUGAGAUAAAAUAUGUAGAUAUUCGACCCCUUGUUCAUUAUCGAGAGCCAGUGUAAUGAAGAUAUGUAGAAAUGUGUAGCCUUUUACUCAUUGCUAAAAGCUAAAUGAGAUAGCAAAUCUAGCCCUUUGUCCAUCACUGGGAGCUAUGUGAAUGUAGCUUAUUGUCCUUAAUGGGAGCUAUGUAUGUGUAGAAAGGUAGCAACCCUCAUCUCACUUAUCGUCAAUAUGGUCAAGGGUUGGGAUUCCUAGCUAAUCUUUUGGCCCCACUUCAACAUAUGGUGGGUGGGAACUAUCAUUUACUAGAAAUUUGUUCUUCCUUAAAUCUUCUAAACCAUCUCUUAGGGUGGGAGCUGUCAACUAGCUAAAACUUACUGUCCCUUGAAAGUAGCAGAGCAGUUGUGAUUACCUAGUGUUGAUAAGAAAAAAAGUUAUAAGCA